AUGGCUUCGCACAAGAUUAACAAGCCCGCUGGAGCUAAACCCGCCGACGAAUUCGAACUUAGCAUCGCCCAAGCUCUCGUUGACUUGGAGAACAAUGUGGCUGAAUUGAAGAAGGACUUGCGUGUCCUCCAAAUCACCGCUGCCAAGGAGGUCGAGAUGGGUGCUGGCAAGAAGGCCAUCAUUAUCUUUGUUCCCGUUCCUCAGUUGAAGGAAUUCCACAAGAUCCAGGCCAGACUUACCCGCGAAUUGGAGAAGAAGUUCUCUGAUCGCCAUGUCGUGUUCGUUGCUCAGCGCCGUAUCCUUCCCAAGCCUAGCCGUCACUCGAACCCCAAGCAGCCUCGUCCCAUUUCUCGCACCUUGACUGCUGUUCACAACGCUAUCCUUGAAGAUCUCGUUUACCCCACCGAAAUCGUUGGCAAGCGUACCCGUGUUAAGGUUGAUGGUUCCAAGACCAUCAAGGUUUUCCUUGACAGCAAGGAUGCCACCUCCUUGGAAUACAAGCUCGACACUUUCUCUGCUGUCUACAAGAAGUUGACUGGCAAGGACGUUGUUUUCGAGUUCCCUGCUCACGCUGAGCUUUUCUAA